UUGGCUGGAAUCGAUCUCGCCCUCUCCACCAAACCCGACCACCCGAUCCCCCGGAGAGCCGGAGAGGAGACGACCAAGGCCAGGCGGCGUCGCCUACCGUCACCAUGCUCAGGGUCGCAGGCCGACGCAUCUCCUCCCACCUCGCAUGGCGCCCCGCCGCGGCCGCCUCCACCGGCAGGAGCCCCCUCGCCGGCGGCCUCCUCGGCGAUGACUCCUCCCGCGACCAAAAGCCGUGCUUCGCCGUCCAAUCCCCCUUCUGUGCCGCCGCCAGAGGCUUUUCGGCUGAAACUCUUGUUCCAAGGAACCAGGAUGUAGGCUUGGCUGAGGUCCCUGCAACUACGGCAGCUCUGAAGAAUCCCAGUGCAAAAAUUGUCUAUGAUGAGUAUAACCAUCAGAGGUACCCGCCUGGUGACCCCAGCAAGCGCGCCUUUGCCUACUUUGUGUUGAGUGGUGGGAGAUUUGUCUACGCAUCCUUGUUACGUCUGCUCGUCUUAAAGUUCGUCCUGAGUAUGUCAGCAAGUAAGGAUGUGCUUGCCCUCGCUUCCCUUGAGGUUGACCUGUCAAGUAUUGAGCCUGGUACCACUGUGACUGUGAAGUGGCGGGGCAAGCCAGUUUUCAUCAGGCGCAGGACAGAAGAUGAUGUGAAGCUGGCCAACAGUGUUGAUGUUGCAUCUCUACGUGACCCACAGGAGGAUGCAGUGCGUGUCAAGAACCCUGAGUGGCUUGUUGUCAUUGGUGUCUGCACUCACUUGGGCUGCAUUCCCCUUCCCAACUCUGGGGAUUUCGGUGGCUGGUUCUGCCCAUGCCAUGGCUCACACUACGACAUCUCAGGUAGAAUCAGGAAGGGCCCAGCACCCUACAACCUGGAGGUCCCCACCUACAGUUUCUUGGAGGAUAACAAAAUGCUUAUCGGCUAAGAUCACUGACCAUAGGAUUAAUCUUAUGGUGCUGUGCUGCCAUUUUGUGUUGGUUUGACAAUUCACCUUUUUGUUGCUCUGAGUAUACCUUUGAUGGGCUGUUAUCUAUCUGAGUGCAAUGCUCUUACUAGCACCCGAUAGUAAAGAAUAAUCUGCUGCUACUUUGGUACUGUUAAUUAAUUUCCAAAAAUGUCUCUGUUUUCAGAGCUCAGUAGGAACGAUCAUAUUGUAAUAUCUUAGCUGCCACUUUGAAGGUUAUGUAUGUUUUCAGUCAACUUUUUGUCA